GCCCAAACUUGUCGUCCAAGAAAGAGAAACAUUUCUCCAAGCGAGAUCACGUAGACGACGUAGUUUAGGUCGUAUUUGUCAAAACCCAGCCCUGAGAAUUCUCUUUUCGAGCGCGGAGGUAAUUCACAUCACCCCCGAACUAGCUCUUUGGCCGUCUGAUUUUUCACGCGAGCAAAGCUUUCAAUUGGAAGAAUCUCUGGGUAUAGGAAAUACCAAAUAUGGAAAAACAAAGUAGUCAACAGCAAAAACAACAAUCACCUGCUGUCUCUUCAUGUCGAAAGAAGAAGAAUGAGGAGGGCACUUUUAUGGAAGAUUUAAAGGAUCACAUUGAUGAAUUCAUUCAUGCAUCUAUGGAUGAGCACAAGAGCUGCUUUAAGAAGACCAUCCAAAAGAUGUUUGGAAUGUCAAAGAUUGUUGCAGAAAGGAGUGGUGAAGCUAAAGAAGCUGAAAGUUCUCUGCCCCUUCGCACUGUAGUAUCAGACUAGAAAUUCCCGCUCCUUUUUUUUUUUGGUUGGCUUGGCAUCUAGUUGUAGAACAACAUGGUUUAGCCAGUAGCUAAAUAAUCUCUCAAGUCUUGUGAAAGUUUAUGUUACUGUAAUUCGAUUUGAGUUUUAAGUGAGCAAAGCUUGGCUAAGAACAAGGCAACAUAUUUCUUCAA